AUGCGCAACGAGGAAGUGGUCGAGUCCCAGCAUGAGUCCGACGAAGAUGAGCAGGAUGAUGGCGAGGGAAAGGUGGACGACGACGAGGAGGAGGAAGAAGUGGAAGAGGGCAGUUCGUUCGACUCGGACAGCGAGGAUGACGAGGAUGACGAGGAUGACGAUGAGUACGGGAUCGAGGCCCUAGGCACAGAGAGUGAGGAUGAAGGAGAGGAUGAAGACGCUGAGAUAGAGGAGGACGAGGGCGAUGUGAUACUGGUGUCUGAGACAAAGGCCCAACGCAAGCCCGCCCGCGCCAAGUCGAGUUCGACCGAAGGUGAACGUAAGAGCAGCAAUCGCGUCAAGGUCGCAGAUUUACCGGCCAAAGUCAAGUUACUCGUCUCGGCGGCGCAGAACUGUCUGCGCCUGCAGAUUGCCCUCAAGUCUGCGUGGACGAAGGAAACGUCUAUCCCCACCAAGCGACUUCUCAAUAGCGAGAAGCUCAUUGGUGCAAGCAUUCGAGAAGCCUGCAAGCGAAGCGGGAAGAGUGGAAAACCGAACGCAGACCUGAAGACUGCUAUCAAGCUGCUGCGGGCGAAGAAGGGGCUGAAUGCCGAGGAGAAAGCGAAGCGAGCGGCGAUGCGGGCGAAGGUGUAUACGGUGGUCUGGACGUGCGCCUCGCAGACCAGGAAUGAGAUCAAGAAGAAGGCGAAGCAAGUCGUCGAGCAGGUCUUCAAGCUCGGGAGUCUGUCGGUCGCUCAGAGGAGGGAGGUCGCCGUCUGGCUGCUCGAGACGCACCCAUCGGCAGUAAACGAUGACAACAAGGCUCGCAGCAUCCCGAAUUUUGUCUUCGGCGGUGUAGACAUCCAGUUCGACCGCGACAAGAAUCUAGAUCGCAAGCGUACCAAGGUCGAGCGCACGGAGCCGUUCCGCAAUGAAAGCAUCCCUGCGCUAAUCUACCAGUACUACGGUUUGGCUGGACGUGCGAACGCGAGCGUCAACGCGGCGCUGGACGAGUUCAGCAAGGUGCCGCUGAACCUCAUCGCAUUCUCGUGCAAUGCGAUCGAGGCAGCCCUGAUGGAGGUGACAUCGCACCACCAGUCUACCGUCUUCUCCAACAAGAACUUUGCGGCUAAGUGGGAUGGCUUGAUGGCCAUCCUCGAGACUUUGGAAGAUCGAGCUGGCGAUUACCUCCAGGAGACGAGGGAGCAGAUUUGGGAGGAAAUCAGCACACGUCUCAAUGCGGGUCCUAACGCGAUUGAGGGGCCUGUAGACGGCGACGAGCAGGAGGACAGCUUCAUCCCCUUCCUUCAGUUGCGUGCGUCAAAGCCGCAGAGCCGCAGCAACGAGCCGAGUUCGUCGAAGGCGGUGACCCAGCCGGUGUCGAGCACGCCGAAGAAGGCGAGGACCGUGUCAAAGACCACCGGUAAGUCGUCCAGCUCGUCCAAGAAACCUGGAAGCACGGGCCCGUCGACAUCCAAGUUGAAGGGCAAGAGACGACGCGGCGCCGACGGCUCCGACGGAGAGCCUAGUGGAACGGGACACACCGACGACGAAGGGAGCAGAGUUGCAGAAGAGGUCGACGACGAGGCUCGCGGGGAUGGAGCAGAUAUAGACCAGCUCCAUGAGUCUGGGGAAGGAGAACCUGCCUGA